CCUUUUUUGGUGGCACUCCACACAGCCUCCUGAAGCACAGCACACCCAGCGGUGGGCAAGGACCCAGACACCUUGGUGCUGAGUUGAGAGGCUGGAGUCCAGAAGAAAGAACUAAAGAAGGGAUGAGCAAGGCCACGAUAUUUCCAUGGAAAUGUCAGAGCACUCAGAGGGGCUCAUGGAAUGUCCUCAAGUUGUGGGUCUCGACAAUGCUCUUUUGUGAUUUCCUUGGACGUCAUGGGACUGACUGCUGGACUUACCACUAUUCUGAAAAGCCCAUGAACUGGGCAAAGGCUAGAAAGUUCUGCCAAGAACAUUACACAGAUUUAGUUGCCAUACAAAACAAGGAGGAGAUCGAGUACCUGGAGCAGACUCUUCCCCACAGCCCCACUUACUACUGGAUAGGAAUCCGGAAGGUAGAGGGGGUAUGGACUUGGGUGGGAACCAACAAGUCUCUUACCAAAGAAGCGGAGAACUGGGGACGCGGAGAGCCUAACAACAAGAAGUCCAAAGAGGACUGUGUGGAGAUCUACAUCAAGAGGAACAAAGAUGCAGGAAAGUGGAACGAUGAUGCCUGCCACAAGCAAAAGACAGCCCUCUGUUACACAGCUUCUUGUCAGCCCUUGUCAUGUAGCAAACAUGGAGAAUGUGUGGAAACCAUCAAUAAUUACACCUGCAACUGUGAUGUUGGGUACUACGGGCCCCAGUGUCAAUUCGUGGUUCAGUGUAAGCCUCUGGAGGCCCCUGAACUGGGUACCAUGAAAUGUAAUCACCCUGUGGGAAACUUCAGCUUCAGCUCCCAGUGCACCUUCAACUGCUCUAAGGGCACAGACCUCAUUGGGGCUGAGGAAACCACUUGUGGAUCUUUUGGAAACUGGUCAUCUAUAGAGCCAACCUGUAAAAAAGUGAUUUCCUGUAAACCUCUGAUGGCACCUGAUUUGGGAACCAUGGACUGUAGUCACCCUCUGGCCAACUUCAGCUUAACAUCCACCUGUACCUUCAACUGCUCAGAAGGAACUGCAUUAAUUGGGGAGAGAAAAACUAUUUGUGGACCAUCGGGAAUCUGGUCAAGCCCUAGUCCAAUAUGUCAAAAAGUGGACAGCAGUUUCUCAAUGAUCAAAGAGGGUAACUAUAACCCUCUCUUCAUUCCAGUAGCAGUUAUGGUUACUGCUUUUUCUGGGUUGGCAUUUAUCAUUUGGCUGGCAAGAAGAUUAAAGAAAGGUAAAAAGUCUCAGAAAAGCAUGGAUGAUCUGUAUUAAAGCACCCUCUGUAAAAGAAAAUUCUCGGGGUCCUGAGGUGUCACUGGUUCCUUCAGAUCCCUCCCUGAAAAGUCAUCACAUGGUGGUGUGUGUCCUGCAUUGAAGACGGGUGUGUCUCUCUCAAUGCCUCUGGAAAGAUUUCUCCGGAACCAGCAGCAAUUUCUGCUCCCUUUGUGCCCUCUCUCAUCCCCGCACCCCUGCCCGCUCUUGUGGUUUAUAUAGUGCACUCUGUUAUUCUCUUUUUCGUGGAGAAAAGAGAUCAUAGGGGGAGAAGGUUGCUGUGGAAUAUAAAGAUGUCCUAUUUUGCUCUCUGUCUUGACUCUAUUUCCAGUUUCAGCUCUGUGCUGUACCUGAAACUUGAUACACGUGCACCUACAGACUCUGUUCUGAUGCAAACCACAUUUUAUCUCCCCUGCCCCCCAGUCUUCCGUAGGGGUACAUUUUUAGACAUAAGUUCAUAAAAUUGAUGUUGUCCUUGCUUUCCAGCUGCAGCAAAGUAGUGAGGUUCUGCCUCCAACGGAAAAGUCCUGCUGCUUGCACGGUGGCCUCACUUUCUCUGUAAAUGGAGGCCAUCCUAUUUACCAACCUCCAGCCUCCCCACCUCCUUCGGCCAUCUCCUCUUCCACACAUAGCAUCUCAUGCGCACUGAACAAAAAGAGAGAGAGAAACUGCACUGGUUUUUUGUUUUGGGGGGUCUUGGGGUUCUUUUAUUUUUACUUUUUGGUUAUUGCUGUACUCAUUUUAUUAGAUCCAUAGGGACAUCUUGUACUCCGUGCUUUUUUAAAAAAU